AUGGCGCCUCCACCUUCGAACGAGACAAAGGUCAACGAAGCCCAGAAGCUGGCCAAAACCGAUCCAGCGAAGGCAGAGAGUAUCUACAAAGAUGUACUGGCCCAAUCUCCAGGCUCGAACCAGGCUGCUUUGCAAGUGUAUGAAAACGCUUUGGUAGGCCUUGGGGAACUGUACAGAGACAACAAGCGCUCGGAAGACUUGUCAGCGCUGGUCAAGACGAGCAGGUCAACACUAUCGUCAUUCGCCAAAGCGAAAACAGCGAAGCUUGUUCGGCAACUACUCGAUUUCUUCAUUGAUAUCCCCAACACUCUCGAGAUCCAAAUAAAUACUACAAAAUCAUGCAUCGAGUGGGCGAACUCCGAAAAGCGAUCUUUCCUUCGACAGAACCUCGAAACGAGACUUGUUGGCCUCUACAUGCAGAAACAAUCAUACUACGAUGCCCUCACCCUGAUUAACGGUCUCUUGCGAGAACUGAAACGGUUGGAUGACAAGCUGGUGCUCGUCGAGGUACAACUACUUGAAUCUCGGGUCUACCAUGCUCUCACCAACCAGCCCAAAGCACGAGCUGCCUUAACUUCUGCAAGGACGUCUGCUGCCUCGGUCUAUACUCCCCCUUUGCUGCAGGCUGGGUUGGAUAUGCAAAGUGGUAUGCUGCACGCCGAAGACAAAGACUUCAACACCGCAUAUUCCUACUUCAUCGAGGCACUGGAAGGCUAUCACGCUCAAGAUGACACUGUGCGUGCCACGUCUGCAUUGCAGUAUAUGCUAUUGUGCAAAAUCAUGUUGAAUCUGGUCGAUGAUGUCAAUAAUCUGCUGUCGUCCAAGCAAGCGCAAAAGUACGCCAGUACAAGUCUGGAGGCCAUGAAGGCUGUGGCAAGAGCCCAUUCGAAUCGAUCGCUCGAGGAGUACGAACAGGCAUUAUCCAACUACCGUUACGAGCUGGGCAGCGAUGUGUUCAUCCGCAACCACUUGCGACGACUGUAUGAUGCCAUGCUGGAACAGAAUCUGAUCAAAGUCAUCGAACCUUUCAGUCGGGUUGAGAUCGACCACGUCGCCAAGAUGGUAGGGCUCGACACGCAGCAAGUAGAGAGAAAACUAUCUCAGAUGAUUCUGGACAAAGUCAUCAUCGGAGUGUUGGACCAAGGAGAGGGAUGCUUGAUCGUCUUCGACGAGGCCGAGCGGGAUACUGGCUACGACGCUGCCUUGGAGACAAUUGAAAAGCUCAGCAACGUGGUUGAUGUACUAUACACCAACCAAGCUGCACUCUUAGAAUAG